AAUCCGAACAGCGAACACUGGAACCAGUGAGCGGUGAAAUUGAAGAUGUUGAUGUGAAUGACCUCGAAGACAUCGCUGAAGUCAACGAAGAUGACCUGUCGCAGAGUGAAGAGGAUGAAGACGAAGAAGAGGAAUGUGAGCCACCAGCAGUCGAGGUGUGUGAGGUGAAUCCAAUCGACACAUCGAAAGUGUCCGGUCAAGAGCUGAAAUUGAUGAUGAAUGCAUUCCUCGAGCAGUUACCAUGGCUCAUCAAUCGGGAUCUGAUCGACAAGGCCGCACUCGACUUCGUGACGAGUCUCAAUACGAAAAAUAACCGCAAAAAAUUGUGUCAAAGUGAGUUGAAUAUAUAA